AUGGUGACGCUGCUAGUUCAGGGAACGCAUCUUAAGAACUUCUGGUCUAAACUGAUUCUCCCAAUAACCCUAGAUAGCCAGGGUGCCUCAGCCAUGGUGAGCGAGUCCCCGGGGCCCGGCGCCCGGGUCCCUUGGCGGCGAAGCGACGAGGCGCUGCGCGUGAACGUGGGCGGCGUGCGGCGGCGGCUGAGCGCGCGAGCCCUGGCGCGCUUCCCAGGCACGCGGCUGGGCCGCCUGCAGGCCGCGGCGUCGGAGGAGCAGGCGCGGCGCCUGUGCGACGACUACGACGCGGCGGCGCGCGAGUUCUACUUCGAUCGGCACCCGGGCUUCUUCCUGGGCCUGCUGCACUUCUACCGCACUGGCCACCUGCACGUGCUCGACGAGCUGUGCGUCUUCGCCUUUGGCCAGGAGGCCGACUACUGGGGCCUGGGCGAGAGCGCGCUGGCCACGUGCUGCCGCGCGCGCUACCUGGAGCGGCGGGUGACGCGGCCGCGCGCCUGGGACGAGGACAGCGACACGCCGAGCAGCGUGGACCCGUGCCCCGAUGAGAUCUCCGACGUGCAGCGCGAGCUGGCGCGCUACGGGGCGGCGCGCUGCGGCCGCCUGCGCCGCCGCCUCUGGCUCACCAUGGAGAACCCGGGCUACUCGCUGCCCAGCAAGCUCUUCAGCUGCGUCUCCAUCGGCGUGGUGCUCGCCUCCAUCGCCGCCAUGUGCAUCCACAGCCUGCCCGAGUACCAGGCCCGCGAGGCGGCGGCCGCGGUGGCAGCGGUGGCCGCGGGCCGCAGCCCGGAGGGCGUGCGCGACGAUCCGGUGCUGCGGCGCCUCGAGUACUUCUGCAUCGCCUGGUUCAGCUUCGAGGUGUCGUCGCGCCUGCUGCUAGCGCCCAGCACGCGCAACUUCUUCUGCCACCCGCUCAACCUCAUUGACAUCGUGUCCGUGCUGCCCUUUUACCUUACGCUGCUGGCCGGUGCGGCGCUCCGAGACCGGGGCGGAGCGGGUGGCGAGGAGCUGGGCGAUCUGGGCAAGGUGGUGCAGGUGUUCCGUCUCAUGCGCAUCUUCCGCGUGCUCAAGUUGGCGCGCCACUCCACCGGCCUGCGCUCGCUGGGCGCAACACUCAAGCACAGCUACCGUGAGGUGGGCAUCUUGCUGUUGUAUCUGGCCGUGGGGGUGUCUGUGUUCUCUGGUGUGGCCUACACAGCCGAGAAGGAGGAGGACGUGGGCUUUGACACCAUCCCAGCCUGCUGGUGGUGGGGCACGGUGAGCAUGACCACCGUGGGCUAUGGGGACGUGGUGCCAGUGACGGUGGCUGGCAAGCUGGCAGCCUCGGGCUGCAUCCUGGGGGGCAUCCUGGUUGUGGCGCUCCCCAUCACCAUCAUCUUCAACAAGUUCUCCCACUUCUACCGGCGCCAGAAGGCUCUGGAAGCCGCCGUGCGCAACAGCGACCACCGGGAGUUUGAGGACUUGCUGAGCAGCAUCGAUGGGGUGUCAGAGGCAUCUCUGGAGACGUCUCGCGAGACCUCCCAGGAGGGCAGGUCUGAAGACCUGGAGGCCCAGGCCUCCAGUGGGCCUCCAAACUCUCAGCUGUAUUAA